AUGGAGAACUACAACAAUAUGAUGGGCAAUGACUACAAUGCUAUGGUAUACGGCAGUAAUAUGGAUCAACAACAUCCGAUGUCAUCAAUUCCUCGAGAAAUGCAAAUUUCUCAAACUCCUAUUCAUCAGCUUCCUGUUCAGCAACCAGACAUAAUUAAUCUUUCUUAUCAUCAAAGAGAGAUUCAAAUGCCACAUCCAAAUUUGCCACAACAAAUGGGUCUCUUCCCAACAGUUCCCUCCAAUUUGCCGCCUAUUCAGAUUCAUAACCAUAUAAUGCAUCAACAACAACCAGUGAAUAUAAACACAAGUGAACAACAAAUUCCUCAAAACGUGAAUAUUCAAUAUAGCAUUGAUAAUGUGAAUGUGAACGUGAACUUGGAUGUCCAGAAUAAUAAUGAACAUUAUGAUGAAACUGUUGCAAAGGAUCCAACAAAUAAUGACGAUAAUGGUGUUGAUGCGUCAAAUUCUCAAAUUUCAACUCCAUUAAAAUCCGAAGACGUUAAUUCGACUCAAAAUGAUAAACAAGAUCAGCUUCCCGACAUCAACCAAGAAGAAGUUUCAAAGAAAAAAGAACCAGAAGUUGAUCCAAAUCAAUGCAGAGUGUGUAAAAAUUCGGAACAGCUAAUUGAUAUAUUUGCAAUCGAAGAGGAUAUGCGUAUAUGUGAUAUAAUAAUGAAGAUUUGCUCUAAUGUUCGCAUUCAUGAGAGAGAUUAUCUUCCUCAUAUGAUAUGUCUUGGUUGCUUGGGAAGAUUACGUACAGCUUACCAGUUUGUCAAGGAAGUACAAGCGACUGAUAAAGAAUUAAGAAGUAAGUUGAAGCGCAGUAAAAGCAAAGUUCGUAAGCCUAGUGAUGGAUUUGUGCUUAUCGAUUGCAACGAAUUCAGUGAAAGUGAUGACGAUGAUUUACAAAAUGAUGACGAAGAAUUUAAAGUUUCAGAUGUUGAAGAAGAUGAAUCUGAAGACACUGAGUCGGGAGAAACAGAUGAUUCUCGAAAAGUAAAGCCUCCAAAAAAGCGUGGACCAAGAAAAUCGAAGUCGAGAAAAAUGAAACAAGAAUUAGUGUCGACAGCAAAACGUUUGAAACGUGACAUUGUAUUUAUUGAAGCAGCUGACAGCUCUGAAGAGAAGAAGAAAAAAGAAAAAUGCAAGGAGUGUAACAAAGUUUUUUCCAAUAAAAAUAGUUUAAGAUUACAUCGAAAAAACGCUCACUUUAGAUCGGGUGAAGAUGCUGCAUUUAAGUGUCAUAUCUGUGGACGAGGAUUCAAAUAUAGCAUCAACUUGUCAUCACAUAUGCAGAUUCAUAAAGAAAGUUACUCGUGCGAUGAGUGCGGUCGAGUGUUUGCAACUAAAUCCGAUGUAAAGAAACAUGCUUUAAACCAACAUAAAUGCUCUUUGUCGUAUGAGUGCAACAAGUGUCGACGACUUUAUUGCAGCGUGAAACGCUAUCAAAAACAUCGAGAAUCGUGCUCGGACUAUGGUUCAGCUUCCAAUAAAAAGAAACAACAUUCUAAAAUGAAAGAAGACUUUUCAUUUACUGGAAGAGAUUUAUUCAAGACGGUAGCACCAGUGACUACAACAUAUUGGAGCGAUUCAUUCAGUGAUUAA